UAUAACGGUUGGUCAGAGCCUAGGUCUGGGUUACUUGUAUCACUCAAUAGGAACGGUCAUACUGAUUCUCUAGAAAACUAUAAGUCUUCUGCUCCCGAAUGACUCCUACCUGCGAAUUUUAUGCGCCCAUUCAUCGACAAAUUGGUACGAGAACGCAUCCAAAUCUCCGCACUGUAUCAUAAAAGUUGUCUCUGGCGUGAUGACUUGCCUCUUCACCAUACAUCACCUCGGAGCUCUGUGUAUAGGACUUGCAUAUACUUCGAGGGCGAGAUUAUCCCCGCACCUUCACCCUCCCAGAUAUCUACAAAUAUGAGGGCAAUGGUGCUCGACUUUCCCCAGGACUUCGCUGAGAGCUCCCUGCGCAAUCGCCAAAUCCUUCAGUAGACCCUCGACACAACAUGCAGCCGUUAAUUUUCCCAUUGCUUUCCACCGCCAUCCUCUGCGCCUGCACCACCUCCGCCGCCUUCAUCACCCUCGAGAGCGCUGCGAACUGCGGCGGCAAUCUCAUCGCCGACUUCAACCUCCAGCCCAACCACUCCGAAUGCUUCCAGCAACAGAAUGGCGAAGCCUCGUUAUACAUCAGCACGAACGACUUCCCCUGCACCGUUGGGCUGUGGACGAGCACGGACGAGACGUGCACGGGAAGUUUGACGGCUGAGUUUUACAACGCUGAGAACGUGGGGGCUUGUUUUAAUUUCGUGGAGGUUGGGCAGGACACGUAUAUUGCUUGUGGGGUCAGUGCGUGAGGUGCAGCGAGGAUUUUCUUUGGGAUAUGUGAUGGUGAAGAAGAGAAUGUGAGUUUACUGCUGUUAGAUGCAUUCAGCCACUGGCAGUCG